AUGACCUCCAGUGCUGGCAACUCGUCGUCCUCACACGGAGGCUCGAAGCAGUCCAAUCUUAUCGAGUCCCUGCGCAAAAUCUUCACUAGCUCCUAUCCGCCAUCGGGUUCCGUCCGAGGACGACCUAUCCCGUUCAACUUCACGAUCAAACAAGAUGAGGCCUACGACUACUUCCUCGAGGAUGACGACCCGGAUGAGCUCUUCGAACAAGCAGUCGGCUUUCACGAUGAGGUCAAGGCAAUGCUCCACAAUUUGACCCCAGCAGACGAGGCUGCGCUGGACGAAUACCAACUCACAAAUCUCAGCAAUCUCAUUUUCGGCUCUAACCUUAUCGAGGGAGCGGGCGCCGGCCUCGAUAUUACCUACAAGCUUUGCCAACUGGUCUUCACUGGCCAGGACAAGGGCAUUGCCGACCAGGACAUGCUUCGUAUGGAGGAGUAUGACGAGCGCCGGAAGAACUUGGUGACCCAAGAUCUUCCCACAGACCAAGCCAACGCCGCAUACCGCAGCCGACGGGAAAUCAUUCAGCAUGCUCGCGCGCUCCGUCACAUCGUCAACGCUAUGGUCAUUGAGGAUAAGCCCCUAACCGAGCGACUCAUUCUCGACACCCACAAGAUUCUCUGCCACAAGGUCGACUCUCCCGACGGUAUGCCAUACACAAGCUACGCGGGAAUCUACCGCUUGGAGAGUGUCGUUGCCGGCUUCAGCAGCUUCACGCCUUGGGAGCAGGUUCCCCGAGAGAUGGCUCAGCUGAUCACCGAGUUCAACCGAGACAUUGAGCAGGCGGCUGAGCUGGGCGAGAUGGAUCCUUACGCCCUGGCCGCCAAGAUGUGCCACAAGUUCGUCAACAUCCACCCUUUCAUCGACGGCAAUGGGCGAACUUGCCGCCUGAUCCUUAACGCUAUCUUGAUCAAGCACGCUGGAGCUUUGGUGUGUCUCGGCGAGAAAGAGGAGGACCGAGACGAAUACCUUACUAUCGCAGCCAAGGCGUCCAUGGCCAUGGCGUCGGAUGAUGGGGAGAUUGAGCAGAAGCACCACAAGGGAUUGGCGACGCUGACUCUUCGACAUGUCAAGAACUAUCUGAUGGGCUUUGUGGACAAGCUCAAGAAGAAGGGGGAGGAGUAA